UGUGGCGGCGGCGGUCAGAAUCUGAAGAAAGAUGAGCUCACGUUUUCCAGAGGCGGGCGGACAGCGAAAUUGCGUGUGUGCCUGAUUGUGAAGCAGUUUGGUAGGCAAGUCUUCGCUGGGUUCCAGGACAAGGCGGAUGGUGGUAUCCGUUUCUCGAUGCUAGGUAUGGAUGAAUUUGUCACCGAUGAGGAAGAGCCAUGGUACGACCAGCAAGAUCUCGAAUCUGGUAAGUAACGACGCAUUCCUGGGAGCGCCGUUUGCAGCCAACCGCAUCCCAUAUGUCAAUGCACCGGGGAGCGGUUCGUUAUUGGUGAGCUCAGAUGUUCUUCCCAAACAAAGGCCUUUAUGAUGGAAGGCUUCUAGAUAAGCAUGCGAAGGUACAUUUGUCCGUGCAUCUUGACAAAUAGAAAUGGCAAUGCCUUCGAAAUGUGCAACCGCAGUUGAAUAUAUUACUACUUUCUGACAACAAUGCAUUGAAGGGAUUCCAAAGGCCUUUGUGACAGAGAUGGGGAAAAUCCGUUUCCCGCUGUUGUCACAAUGUUGCAAGAAAAACCAAAUACUCUACACAGUGGUCUGUUGGUAAUUGUAAACAAUGGGUUACAAUGUUACAUUGUAAUAAAGGAACAGAAAAUAUAAGUUAAUAGAUGUCGGCUGUCAUCAAUGCAAUGCAAUUGUUCAUUGUAGGUUGCAAUAAUGAGCAAGCUUACGUCAACUUCUUAUGGCAAAGUCGCAACAACAAAAAAAGGUGUUCAAAAUACAUUUAUUUGCACUAACAUCCAUUGUCUCAUACAAUGUUGCAGGCUAAUUGACAUUUGCAGCAUUGACCUUUAGCCUAACGCAAGUUGACUAUCACCUUAGUCGAUAUUAACCUUUUAAGCCCAAAGGUUCAAAAUGAAAUCUUUGUUUAAUUAACACAUUGACCUCUUCACACCUCAGAAGACCAGCACAAGCUCUUCUUUUGUCCACAACCCAUUUUUUACAUUUGACAUUUUAGUCAUUUAGCAGACGCUCUUAUCCAGAGCGACUUACAGUUAGUGAGUGAAUACAUUAUUUUUUUCAUACCGGCCCCCCAUGGGAACCCGAACUAUCUUACCUCUGGUCAAAGGGUUGGGGAGUAACUGAUUGCAUGUAAUCUGUAUACAGCCUAAAAAGCUUUUGAAAAACUAGAUGAUUACUUUUAAUUUCAGAAAGGAUGUUUGCAACAGCAACAAAAACAUGACACCUUUCUGUUUCCUCAAUGCCAUUUAAUUCAGCUUUGAAAAAAGGCACGUUUAAAGGAGUAGUUCACUCCUCUAAAAAUAAAAAUAAAAUAAAAAAUUCAACUUGAUGUUAGACGGUUCCUCACCCUGAAAGUAGUCUAUGGGCCAGGAGUAACUGUAAUCCAUGGUUCAGUUUUCUUUAAACAACCAUUACAAACUUCAGCUAACUUUAGCCAGCGCUAGCUAAAAAUCAAUGGAAGUGAUGGGGGCAUGGCUUCCUAUAGCACUUAACCUCGUUUAUGCAGUCAAUUAGGUUGUUUUGAUUUCCUCAUUCAAGCAUGACAUAUUAUGUUUUCCUUUUAGAAUGUAGUGACUUUCAAGGCCAGUAGACUGUCAUGUCCAUGUCCCCAUAAUUAAAUAAACACUGAACAUAUCAGUUUAACAUAAUCAAUAAGAAAGCGAUUGGCUGGGACAAAGAGCAUUCAUGGGCCAACAAAGCCAUGAAACAUGCUUGACUUGCAGACUUGCAGAUCCACUGGAAUAGUUAAUGAGCCAGAGAUUAUUUUGCUGCCCACAACAUUUCCCCACAAUGCACCAUAAUUCACAGUAUGCUGCUGUAAAUAUACAGGGUAAUACAGUAUUUACUGUAAAAUUGUAUAGUACAAUUUUACAGCAGUGUAGUGGAACGCCAUUGAACCCCCAUAAUGCAUUGCUCUUUACAGUACUGUAAUAUAUAAUUACAGUAGCUAACUGUGAAACAUAUAUAAUUACAGUAGCUAACUGUGAAAGUGUUGCUGUAAAUUUACAACAAUUUGUUACAGUGUACUGUUUUCAAUCACAAGGCUAUUCCCCAAAUUAUUAUUGUAGUAGCCUAUUCAACUACGGUCCAGUCCUUGUACAUCACCUCCGUUCCACAUUAAUUAUAUGGGACCAUAUACCAUUUGCAAAAGAUAACCUGCUUCACCUGGACUAUCUAGAUUGUGUAAAUGCCAUCGUUCAGCGGAAUCACUAUUAGUCUGAAUUCGAUUUAUAUUUUAUUAUGGAUCCCCAUUAGUUCCUGCUAAGGCAGCAGCUACUCUUCCUGGGGUUUAUUAUGGAUCCCCAUUAGUUCCUGCUAAGGCAGCAGCUACUCUUCCUGGGGUUUAUUAUGGAUCCCCAUUAGUUCCUGCCAAGGCAGCAGCUACUCUUCCUGGGGUUUAUUAUGGAUCCCCAUUAGUUCCUGCCAAGGCAGCAGCUACACUUCCUGGGGUUUAUUAUGGAUCCCCAUUAGUUCCUGCCAAGGCAGCAGCUACUCUUCUUGGGGUUUAUUAUGGAUCCCCAUUAGUUCCUGCCAAGGCAGCAGCUACUCUUCUUGGGGUUUAUUAUGGAUCCCCAUUAGUUCCUGCCAAGGCAGAAGCUACUCUUCCUGGGGUCCAAACACAUUAAGACGCUUAUAUUACACAUAAAACAAAUAUAAAACAGUACAUCAUAUAAUGCCAUUGGCACAAUAAGCUUCAUUUUGGAUUACACUCAUUUAAAUGCAUAUCCCAAACUGCUAAUAAUGUAUUUGCUGAGCUGUAGCCAAUCACAGCUUGUCAAACAGCUUAUCCCUUUUUGCCAGCAUUAGGGCUAUUUCAUAUCUCUCCCCUCUUCCUCACUACAUCACUGUUUCUCUCUGCCUCUCACUUCCCUCACUCCCUGCCAUGCAUCACUCAUUCCUAAUCUCUAUAUCACUUCAUCUAUUUGUUCCAAUUAUUAGGAUAUCUGUCACAGGCUGAGAGGAGAUGAUGCAUUUGCGUUUAAGUCAUUUAGCUCUUUCCCAGAGCGACUUAAAGGAGCAAUUAGGGUUAAGUGCCUUGCUCAAGGGCACAUUGACAGAGUUUUCACCUAGUCGGCUCAGGGAGUCGAACCAGCGACCUUUCAGUUACUGGCCCAAUGCUCUUAACCGCUAGGUAAUGCUUUGACCCUGCUCUUGAUCUGGCCUUAUAUACACACUAUAUACACACUAUAUACACACUAUACACACACUAUACACACACUGUACACACUAUACACACACUGUACACACACUGUACACACUAUACACACACUAUACACACACUAUACACACUAUACACACACUGUACACACUAUACGCACACUAUACACACACUGUACACACUAUACACACACUAACACACUGUACACACUAUACACACUAUACACACACUAUAUACACACUAUACACACACUAUAUACACACUGUACACACUGUACACACUAUACACACACUGUACACAUUAUACACACUAUACACACACUAUAUACACACUAUACACACUAUACACACACUAUAUACACACUGUACACACACUGUACACACACUGUACACACUAUACACACACUGUACACACUAUACACACACGAGAGACACACGCGAGACACACGAAAACACCACUAGAUGACACCACUAGAUGACACACGAGACACACCACACAGACCACUAGAUACACACGUAGACACACCACUAGAGUACAGCACCAUACACACUAUACACACCACGAGUAAAACACCACUAAGACACACGAGACACACACUAACCACACCACUAUAUACACACUAUACACACCACUAUAUCACACCACUAUAUACACACUAUACACACCACUAUAUACACCACUAUAUACACACUAUACACACCACUAUAUACAUCACUCUAUACACACUAUACACAACCACAUAUACUACACACGUUUACACACUAACACCCCCACUAUAUACACCACUAUAUACACACUAUACACACCACUAUAUACACAGUAGCGCUGUGAGAGGAGAGAGGACACAUCAGUAGACCCGAGGAUCAAAAUAAAAACUGAUGUAUUAUCACUUUACUCAGAAAGAGGGAGAGUGAGGUAAAGGAAGAAUGCAGUGUUGGAGAAAGAGAGAGAGACAGUAGAAGAUAAAAGGAUGAUGACAGGAUGAGAAAUGAGAGAGAGAGGAGAGUGAGAUCAAAAGAGAACAAGCCCCAUUUCUCUCCCCCCCCCCCCCCACCCCCACCCCCACCCAGCCUUCCUGGUGCAGCCUGUUUCCAUCAGAGGUGCUAUUUAGCCAGAAGGUUUGGCAGAUUGAGAUGUGCACUAUAGACACUAUACACACGCUACACAGAUUGAGAUGUGGUAAUAAUCAGAUUAAGAAGAGAAAUUCAAUGCUUAGCAUCAAAGCAGGCAUCUAUUGAUGCAACGAGGCGAUUUGCAGUUCUAUACCGUAAGGAAUCAGCAAACGUGGUGCAUCUACAAUACAGACGCAGACGUUUCCAUGCGUUCUAAGAACACUAUAUGAGGAGGAAAACAUAUCAAUGAUCGUGCUUUUCUAUGGAACCCUUUGUAAGACAGACCAAGGCUGGCUCUAGCCCAAAACGCUGAGCUGAAGCUAUGUGGCCAGACCAGCUGAGGCCUGUUGGGACCUAUUGGUUAGCAGAGUUGAGAGGGUUGUUAUAUAUCAUGUUCCUGCUGUUAUUACAGCUUAGCAACGCUUCAAAAACCACCUCUCUACGGCUCUAAACACACAUUCUGUUUCCUUGUUAUCCUGCAGGCAACAAUUUGUGUUGCAUCAUUUGUAUAGAGAAUUUGAGCUUACUAUGGGAUUGACUGCAGACUGUAGUGAAGUCGUACUGAAGGGGUUGGUCUGCUAUACAGCCUUUCUGCAGAAAAGGAAAGUAGGAAGGAGAGAAGGAAGGAAGGAAGGAGAGAAGGAAGGAAGGAAGGAGAGAAGGAGAAAAGGAAGGAAGGAAGGAAGGAAGGAAGGAAGGAAGGAAGGAAGGAAGGAAGGAAGGAAGGAAGGAAGGAAGGAAGGAAGGAAGGAAGGAAAGGAAGGAAGGAGGACAAAACAGGUAGAGGACCUGUUUUCCAGAUUCCUGUGAAUCCUAUGGGCCCUGUUUUCCAGAUUCCUGUGAAUCCUAUGGGCCCUGUUUUCCAGAUUCCUGUGAAUCCUAUGGGCCCUCUUUUCCAGAUUCCAGGCCAGGCACAUUCCAAACCAGGCGUGUUUCCUUUCACGUGUGCACACACACACACGAACACACACACACAAACGCACACACACAUAUGAACGCACACACACAGGUUACAGUUUUAUUACAGUAUUUCUGCAGCCAACAGUUCUGUGUCGUUUCAAUGUUUGACUCCCCAGCACUAAGCAGACAGUGGCUCUGAUACCAAGACUGUACAGUGUGUGUGUGCCUGCCUGCCUGUGUGUGUGUGUGUGCUGUCAGUGGGUUGUGACAGGAGUGUGACCCUUCCCCUGAGGACAAUAUGUGCCCUCUUCACUCUACAAAAGCGUUUCCCUCCGGUAUGGAUUCCAUGCAGCCAUUGUGGGUUCCUGCUUGGGCCCUCAAAAGGACAUCCCCCAGUCAGUGUAACUGAUCCUGCUAAAACAUGAAAAAAGAAAAGCAUAGAAUUGGCCUGAUAGCCCAUGCAGGAAAUGCAUACAAUCCAUUCCAUUAUGUCUCAGUCACUGGGUGGUGAUGUCAUCCUUUAUGGGUCAGUUGACUUCCUGGUGUCCUUGUUUGGAGACAGUGGCCUGUUGAGGGUACUGGUUAGGAUGUUUGAUGCUGCAGAGAAGGGGGAGUGGAAGAGCGAAGAGAGUGGUAGAGGAGAGAGGAGGCGCUGAGCGAGAGCGAGGUAGAGCGCGAGAGAGAUAGGAGCUAGCGAGGAGAGCUCGAGAUCGGAUCUCGCAGAGAUAUUAUCGAGGAUAUCUCUCUCGAUCCUCUCUCUCUCUCUCUCUCUCUCUCCUCUCUCUCUCUCUCUCUACUCUCUCUCUCUCUCUCUCUCCUACUUAGCAUCUAAUUUGCAUUCGUAUGUGCUGUCCAGCAUCCCAACUCUGGCUCAUCACUGGUUCAUGUGUGUACUCCGCAUCGUCUGAGGCCCUGGGUUGCCCAAGAGGAGAAUUUAGUUAUUUUUAAUGUCUGAAAAUAUCUCUCUUUGUUUUGAUGUAUGAGAGAGAGAGGGAGAGGGAGAGGGAGGUACCACUUGUAGUGUUGUCACGAUACCAGCAAAAAGAUUCCACGGCAAAAAAAAUAAGGAUAUACUGUAUUAGCCAAAGUCACAGAAUGGCACUUGAUCCAGACAGAUAAACUCAGCUACUGCUCUGUACAAUCGUGCAGCAUCGUUUUAGUUCAAUAUCGUUACAUAAUCAUUUUUUUUACGUCAACAGUUUUCAGAGACAGCCAUGUAUACAUUAAUGAAUCAAGUGUACAAUCGAUUUCACUUCGUUUUUUUAUAAUUGAAAAUUAAUAUAUAUAUAUAUUUUUUUUUAUUGUUUUAAAACACAUCAAAUCUGAGGGGGCAUGUGCCCCUGUGCCUCCUAUGGGCACCUCUGCUUGUACCAAACCGUUUUUCAUGUUUUUUUUUUUUUUUUUUAAAUUUUUUUAAAAAGGGUUUUUUUUUUUCCCGGGUUUUUUGGAAAAUUUUUUUUAAAAAAUUUUUUUUUUUUUUUUUUCCCCCCCCCCCCCCCCUUCAAAAAUUUUCCCCUUUUUUUUUAAACCCCUUUUUUAAAACCCUUUUUUUUUAAAACCCUUUGGUUUUUAAAAACCCCCCCCCCCCCAUUCCAAAACCCCCCCAUUCUAAAAGGCCCUUUUUCCCCCAAAAAUUUGAAAACCCUUUUUUUCCUUUUAAAAAAACCCCCCUUCCCCCCGGGGCGGGGAAAAUUUUAAACCGGGGAAAAAAUUUUUUUUUUUAAAAAGGGGGUUUUUUUUUUUUUUUUUAAAUUUUUUUUAAAAAAUUUUCAUUUUUUUUAAAAAAAACAUUAAGGGAAAAAAUUUUUUUUAAAAAAAAAAACCCCCAAACCCCCCUUUAAAAUUUAAAUGGUUUUCCCCCAAGGUUAAAAUUUUGGGAAAAGGGGGGGGGCCCCCGGGGGGCCCGGGGGGGGCCCCCCCCCUUUUUUUAAAAAAGGGGGGGGCCCCCGGGUUUUUUGGGGGAAAGGGGAAAAAAGGGGAAAAAAAAAAAAAAAAGGGGGGGUUUUUUUAACGGGGUUUUUUUUAAAAAUUUUUGGGGGGGUUUUUUUGUUUGGGGGUUUUUUUUUUUUGGGGGUGGGGUUUUUUUUUGGGGGGUGUGGGUGGGAAGGGGGGGGGGGGGUUUUUGGGGGGUGGGGGGGUUUAAGGGGGGGGGGGGGGGGGGGUGGGGGGGAUUGGGGGGGGGGUGGGGGGGGGGUUUUUUUUUGGGGGGGGGGGGGGGGGUUUUUUUUUGGGGGGGGGGGGGGGGUUUUUUUUUGGGUUUUAAAGGGGGGGGGGGGGUUUUUUUUUGGGGGGGGGGGGGUGGUUUUUGGGGUGUGUGUGUUUGGGGGCCGGGGGGGGGUUUUUUGGGGGGGUUUGUUUUGGGGUUUUUUUGGGGGGGUUUUGUGUUGGGUUUUGGGGGUUUUUUUUUUUUUGGGGGGGGUGUGUUUUUUUGGGGGGUUUUUUUUUUUGUGGGGGUUUUUUCCCCCCUUUUUUUUUUCCCUUUUUUUUUUUUGUGUUUUUUUUUUGGGGUUUUUUUUUUUUUUUUUUCCCCUUGUUUUUCCCUUUGGUUUUUUGUUUUUCCCCCCCUUUUUUUUUCCGGGUUUUUUUCCCCCGGGGUUUUGGUUUUUUUUUUUGAAAUUUUUUCCCCCCGGCCCCCCCAAAAAAAAAACCCCCUUUUCCCUUUUUUUUUGGGGGUUUUAAAAAAUUUUUUUCCCCCCAAAAAAAAUUUUUUCCCCCCCCCCUGUUUUUCCCGGGGAAACCCCCUUUUUUUUUCCUUUUUUAAAUUUUUUUGGGGCCCCCCCUUUUUUUUUGGGGAAAAAAAAAAAGGGGGGGGCCCCCCCUUUUUCCGCCUUUUUUUUGGGAAACCCCCCCUUUCUUUCCCCCCCCCUUUUUUUUUGGGGGGGCCCCUUUCUGUUUUUUUUGGGGGGGGCCCCCCGGGGCCCCCCCUUUUUUUUUUUUUGGAAACCUUCCCCCUUUUUUUUUUCGGGAAAAAACUUUUCCCCCCCCCAAAAAAAAAACCCUCCUUUGGGGGGGUUUUUCCCCCCCCCUUUUUUUUUUUUUGGGGGAAAUUUUCCCCCCCUUUUUUUGGGGGGAAAAAAAAACCCCCGGGUUUUUUUUGGGGGAAAAUUUCCCCUUUUUUUUUUUGGGGAAAAUUCCCCUUAAAGAAGAGUACCACACGUGUCCAUCACUAUCAACCUCAAGAGUUUAGCUGUCAGCUCAGUCUCUACAAUGAGAGUGAUGGUGUUUCCAUUGAGUUGUUUGUUUUCCCUAUCAGAUAUGACCACAGGUCCCCAAAACGCAAAACGUAUCUCGCUGCUGAGUCAGACCUGAAAAUAUAGACUGUGAAUCCUUCUGAUUCACUCUGAAGGCAGAAUACAGUGCCUUCCACACCUGUUUGGUCCUAAUGGCCCACAUCACCUUCUAUUGCUUCAUUACUAGAACAGUGUUCUUCAAUCCUGUUCCAUGGUGUACAUGACUACACAUUUUUUUAUUCGAGCCCACACUCUGUUUGCAUGUGAAUAAAAUGCAUAAUCUAACAGCAAUUUCAUAUCCUGUCACUUUCUACUAUAUACAUCCCCUCCACCCUACUGCAGAGAGAGAUACUGCAUAAUAUAUAUAGACUUUGUGGAGACGUGGUGUCUUGUCUUCUGAUGAUCUUGGCACACAUCUCAGACCGUCACUGACAGAGAUACAAGGAUCAGAACAUCUCAGACCGUCACUGACAGAGAUACAAGGGUCAGAACAUCUCAGACCGUCACUGACAGAGAUACAAGGGUCAGAACAUCUCAGACCGUCACUGACAGAGAUACAAGGGUCAAAACAUCUCAGACCGUCACUGACAGAGAUACAAGGGUCAGAACAUCUCAGACCGUCACUGACAGAGAUACAAGGAUCAGAACAUCUCAGACCGUCACUGACAGAGAUACAAGGGUCAGAACAUCUCAGACCGUCACUGACAGAGAUACAAGGGUCAGAACAUCUCAGACCGUCACUGACAGAGAUACAAGGGUCAGAACAUCUCAGACCGUCACUGACAGAGAUACAAGGGUCAGAACAUCUCAGACCGUCACUGACAGAGAUACAAGGAUCAGAACAUCUCAGACCGUCACUGACAGAGAUACAAGGAUCAGAACAUCUCAGACCGUCACUGACAGAGAUACAAGGAUCAGAACAUCUCAGACCGUCACUGACAGAGAUACAAGGGUCAGAACAUCUCAGACCGUCACUGACAGAGAUACAAGGGUCAAAACAUCUCAGACCGUCACUGACAGAGAUACAAGGGUCAAAAACAUCUCAGACCGUCACUGACAGAGAUACAAGGGUCAAAACAUCUCAGACUGUCACUGACAGAGAUACAAGGAUCAGAACAUCUCAGACCGUCACUGACAGAGAUACAAGGAUCAGAACAUCUCAGACCGUCACUGACAGAGAUACAAGGGUCAUAACAUCUCAGACCUUCACUGACAGAGAUACAAGGGUCAAAACAUCUCAGACUGUCACUGACAGAGAUACAAGGGUCAGAACAUCUCAGACCGUCACUGACAGAGAUACAAGGGUCAGAACAUCUCAGACCGUCACUGACAGAGAUACAAGGGUCAUAACAUCUCAGACCGUCACUGACAGAGAUACAAGGGUCAUAACAUCUCAGACCAUCACUGACAGAGAUACAAGGAUCAGAACAUCUCAGACCGUCACUGACAGAGAUACAAGGGUCAUAACAUCUCAGACUGUCACUGACAGAGAUACAAGGAUCAGAACAUCUCAGACUGUCACUGACAGAGAUACAAGGGUCAAAACAUCUCAGACUGUCACUGACAGAGAUACAAGGGUCAGAACAUCUCAGACCGUCACUGACAGAGAUACAAGGGUCAUAACAUCUCAGACCGUCACUGACAGAGAUACAAGGAUCAGAACAUCUCAGACCGUCACUGACAGAGAUACAAGGGUCAGAACAUCUCAGACCGUCACUGACAGAGAUACAAGGGUCAAAACAUCUCAGACCGUCACUGACAGAGAUACAAGGGUCAGAACAUCUCAGACCGUCACUGACAGAGAUACAAGGGUCAAAACAUCUCAGACCGUCACUGACAGAGAUACAAUGGUCAGAACAUCUCAGACCGUCACUGACAGAGAUACAAGGGUCAAAACAUCUCAGACCGUCACUGACAGAGAUACAAGGGUCAGAACAUCUCAGACCGUCACUGACAGAGAUACAAGGGUCAAAACAUCUCAGACCGUCACUGACAGAGAUACAAGGGUCAGAACAUCUCAGACCGUCACUGACAGAGAUACAAGGGUCAUAACAUCUCAGACCGUCACUGACAGAGAUACAAGGGUCAGAACAUCUCAGACCUUCACUGACAGAGAUACAAGGGUCAUAACAUCUCAGACCGUCACUGACAGAGAUACAAGGGUCAUAACAUCUCAGACCUUCACUGACAGAGAUACAAGGGUCAUAACAUCUCAGACCUUCACUGACAGAGAUACAAGGGUCAAAACAACUCAGACCGUCACUGACAGAGAUACAAGGGUCAAAACAUCUCAGACCGUCACUGACAGAGAUACAAGGGUCAAAACAUCUCAGACCGUCACUGACAGAGAUACAAGGGUCAAAACAUCUCAGACCGUCACUGACAGAGAUACAAGGGUCAAAACAUCUCAGACCGUCACUGACAGAGAUACAAGGGUCAAAAACAUCUCAGACCGUCACUGACAGAGAUACAAGGGUCAAAAACAUCUCAGACCGUCACUGACAGAGAUACAAGGGUCAAAGUAGGGGAGAUAAAUAUUUAGGGAGAGACUUGGUCUUUCUAGCAUUCUCUCUCUCUCUCUCGAAUCCUCCCUUUAUCUGUAUCUCUCACUCCUUCUUUCUUUGGUUCCCUCUCUUUCUCUCUAGAAUGAGCUUGUUCAUCUCUGUGUAUCUCAGGUGGAAUGAAGAGGUAGAAUGUUUUAACGUUUGAUUGUUCUGUUUGCAGACCCUCUUAGGAGCCUACUGGUACAUAGAACUGUGAUGUAUUCCAAAGUGAAUUAGCAUGUUACAGUGUGAACAAUGCUUUCUACUGUGGCUGUCAUAGGGACGAGUGUAAACCUAAAAACUCCUUUUAGUAUUUUCACUGGCAUCAUAGCUUUGGACUAGCGAAGGAAAAUCUGUUCCUGAUGCUACCUUAUUUAGACAGUUUGUUACUCUCAAAACGUCAAAUCUCUUUCUCUCCCCCCUCGCUCCCUCAAACCUGUUUCCCUCUCCGUCUCCCAUGGCCAUCUCCAUCCCUAAACUAUCUCUCCCCCUCUCCUCUCCCUCCACCCCCCUCUCUCUCCCACCUUCCACCCCCCUCCAUCUCUCUCCACCUCCCUCCCUCCCUCCCUCUCUCUCUUCCUCCUUCCGUCCCCCUCCAUCUCUCUCCACCUCUCUCUCCCCCCUCCCUCCCUCCCACUCUCUCUCUAGACCUCCAUCUGGCAGCAGAGCUUGGGAAGACUCUGUUGGAGAGGAACAAAGAGCUGGAGGAUUCUCUACAGCAGAUAUACAUCACCAAUGAGGAACAGGUGCAGGAAAUCGAGGUAGGAGGGCCAAGUCUCAAAAGCUCCAUGGAUGCAUCUCAAGUAGUCUAAACUCUUAACGUAACCUCUACCCACAUCCAGGGGUUAUAACCAAAAUUAUUUUCCAAUCGUUUCGUUAUGAACAGAACCAUUUUUUUUUUUCAAUCCGUUCCACUGAUCCGACAAGCAAAAUAAGGUUCUAAACCGGUUCAAACCCCAAAAAAGUUUCCUUUCUGUUUUUUCUUUACAGUUAGCUCGACAUUAAAUUACUUUACCAAUGGAUAGAGCCGCUUGCUAUGGAGCGGGCAAGCUAUGGACAUGCAUUGAAACUUUGCGGAUGAGGAGAGUGCUGGGCAUGAAGAGCUGGGCCUCUUGUUGUUAUCACAGACAUGAUCUGAAUUAGCCCCACAGAAUUAUGCCUACGGAGGAGCGGCUUCUAUGAAGGAACUUUGAAUGUGUUUGAUCUUGAGAGAGUUGGCUUUAACCAACGUUGGACCAGAGCUAGCCCUUGGUCACGACUCUCAGUUACGUUACACAUAAUGCCGCCUAGAGUUUUCGAGAGCUAAACCAGAGCUAGCUAACAAACUAGCUUGUGUGUGCAGAGCGGCACCAGAAUAAACAUUAAAAUACGUCUUACCUUUCUGUAGAUAAUAAAUCCAAACGUGAAACGUGAUAACUGUAGUAUCCUUAACCAGCAUUGAAAAGGUUAAUCCAUUCUUCUCUCCCUAGUUUCUGUAUCACGCCUAUACAUCAGUAGUUACAGUAGACUAUGUAUGCUUCGGAUGGAGGGGGAGAGGCAGGUAGCCUACACACACUGGGAAAUAUUUUCAGCGGGCGGGCAGGCAGGCAGGCAGGCACUGGGAUACGUUUCAGAGUGACAGGGAGGGCUUUGCAUAGGUGUUUUGUUGCGUUUUUUUUGUGGGACUGGAAAAAAAACGUGCAGAAUGUAAAAGUACAUUAUUAACCGGUUCCCAUGCUUUUAAAAUGAAGGUUCUGUUCCGGGACAGUAUAGAUCACUUUUGUUCUGGUUCUGUUCCUCGUAAAAUGAUGUUAUUUUCCGGUUUUCGGUUCUGUUCCCUGAACCAGUUCCAAACCCUGCCCACAUCUCAACAGUCUAAACUCUAACGUAACCUCUACCCAUAAGUUAGGUGUAGAUUGGAUAACAAUCUAUCUGUUGACUAAGCAGGUGAUGUAAGAUGUUGGCUCUUCCCUGCUGUGGUGGGUGGGUUAAGGCCAUCAGGCUGUGGACUACCUAAUACCUCAGGGUUUAUCAUUAGAAAACCCUUUUGUAAUUAUGUUAGCACAGCUGAAAACUGUUGUGCUGAUUAAAGAAGCAAUAAAACUGACCUUCUUGAGAAUAGUUGAGUAUCUGGAGCAUCAGCAAUUGUGGGUUCGAUUACAGGCUCAAAAUGUCCAGAAACAAAUAACUUUCUUCCAAAACUCGUCAGUCUAUUCUUGUUCUGAGAAAUGAAGGCUAUUCCAUGCGAGAAAUUGCCAAGAAACUGAAGAUCUCGUACAACGCUGUUCUGUGAAGGGAGUAGUACACAGCGUUGUACGAGAUCUUCAGUUUCUUGGCAAUUUCUCGCAUGGAAUAGCCUUCAUUUCUCAGAACAAGAAUAGACUGAUGAGUUUCAGAAGAAAGUGAUUUGUUUCUGGACAUUUUGAGCCUGUAAUCGAACCCACAAUUGCUGAUGCUCCAGAUACUCAACUAUUCUCAAGAAGGUCAGUUUUAUUGCUUCUUUAAUCAGCACAACAGUUUUCAGCUGUGCUAACAUAAUUGCAAAAGGGUUUUCUAAUGAUAAACUUGGAUUAGCAAACACAACAUGCCAUUGGAACACAGGACUGAUGGUUGCUGAUAAUGGGCCUCUGUACGCCUAUGUAGAUAUUCCAUAAAAAAUCAGCCGUUUCCAGCUACAAUAGCCAUUUACAACAUUAACAAUGUCUACACUGUAUUUCCGAUCAAUUUGAUGUUAUUUUAAUGGACAAAAAAAAAUUGCUUUUUUUUCGAAAACAAGGAAAUGUCUAAGUCACCCCAAACUUUUGAACGGUAGUGUGUAUGUAUAUGAGUGUACAGGAUAUAAACAUACUGUAUGUCUCUCUGUGCAGUACCUGGCCAAGCAGCUGGAGGUGCUGAGGGCUAUGAAUGAGCAGCAUGCUAAGGUGUACGAGCAGCUAGACGGGACAGCCAGAGAACUAGAGCUCACCAACCAUUCCCUAAUACUGGACAGCAAGGCCUCGCAACACAAGAUAGAGAGGUGAGCUGGACGGAUGCACAGUGUCACACGCACGCGCGUACACGAUACUAACCCUUUUCUCUUUUCCCUGGUUCUCCCAGGUUGACAGGGACCAUCGAGACCCUGCAGACCCAGGUGGAGUCUCUCUCUGGGCAGGUGGAACAGCUCCACUCCCUGGAGCAACUCAGGGUCCGGAGGGAGAAGAGGGAACGACGCAAGACCAUCGCCUCCUUCCCCUGCCUCAGGGAACUCUGCACUGCACCCAAGUGAGGGCUCAUAGCAAUCACACUCACAUCUUUGGUUAUUGGAUGUCAAGGUCUCUAGAGGAGCUUUGUAGGAGGAUGCUUGACUCAUAUUGCGCUUGUCUGUCUGCGGCAGGUACAUGUAAAGCCGGGUGUACACUACACGAUUUUGGCCCCGAUUUAUCUGUCCCAGACAAGGUUUUGAGAUCGGAGACAGAAUCCCCAUGUCGUUGCCUACUCGGGGCGCGCGGCCUUCACCGACGCUCGUUUAAUGUGAGCGGGUCAGAGACACAAUCUGAGGGCUACCGAUCCCAUCUUUGAGCAGCAUCAGAUGUCCCGAUAUUUUCAAACGUUUAAUUUUAUCGGCACAAAUUCCGCAAUGUUCUUGUAGUGUGCGAUGUACAACGACAAGUUGAGAACGGUGAUCAGCAGUAGCCAAUUAGAGCUCGCCAGAGAAGAAGCCAGUGAGAUGAUGACGUUGUUUCCCAUGACCCAGAAUGUGUAGACUCCUGAGCAGGAACGAUGACCAGUACUAGUAUGCGUUUGUACUUGCCUUUUAACCAAAGUGUCAAAUCGUUACAGCGCUGAAGUGCACAAGCAAUGUUGUUCAACUCAAAAUGUUGGCUAAAUAUUUCAACUCUGUGUGGCAGGUGUGAAUGUCUGACUGAAAACGUUUGAGGCUGCUUUGUUCUAGCUAUGUUAACAAUCUAAUCACGUCAUUGUUUUCGCCAGACAGUGUGGUGGUAUCGAGAAUCCUCACGACGAAGUGAAGAAUCUUGUAGUGUGUGACGCCCGUCUAUGUCACAUCGCUUAGUCGGCAAGACAAAACAAACGACAGGAAAGACGGUGGUUUAAUGUGAGAGGCUCAGUGAUGUUAGGGUUUUGUCCUCCCGGCUUAACUUAGCUGAUAUUGUGUGUAACUGUGUGUCUCUCUAUGUCUGUCUGUCCGCCAGGUAUGAGGAUGGGUUUGUGGUGGGCCGCUCAGACAGCUUCACCUCAGAGUCGAAGCGCCAGCCAGCAGAGGAGGAGAACGAGCGUCUGAGAGAGGCGGUGUCGGCGCUGCGCUCUGCCGUGAGGGCGGAGCGGGGUCGCAGGGAGGGGGCGGAGAGAGAGUGUCACGUCCUCCUGGGGGAGUUUUCUCGUCUGGAGUCACGUGUGCUGGUCAGAAUCACUCCUAUCUGAACUCCAUUUAAUCUUCAUUCCAAAAGGAGUGCCUCCAUUUUUUUAGUGGUUGCAUGUUCUACUAAGUCUGUUCAAUCCAAUGAGUGAUACUGAUACUUGUUCCUAACUUAAAUAUAGCAGGGCUCCUAACUCCCUUUUUUCUGGGAGAAUAAAAAUAUUAAGUGAUUGGUUUAUUGACUGUCUGACUGACUGAUUGAUUCAUUGACUCAUUGAUUGAUUGACAGGGUGCGGAGAGCUGCCAGGCACGGGUUCGUGAACUAGAGGCAGAGCUCCAGGAACUCCAGCAGCUCCGACGGGCGAGGACCCUCCUCCUGAGCAGCGAGGACGACGGCGUGGGCUUCACCCAGACCCUCCUCAACAACACCCCCGAAACAGACACCCUGGAGGGGGAGGGGGGAGAGGUGGGUGGAGGACGAGGGGAGCAGGGCGAGGGGGGAAGAGGCUUAGGCGGAGAGUCGUUACCUGACUCCAGCCCCGUCAGGAAGAGCUGCAGCGACACGGCGCUGAACGCCAUCGUGGCCAGGGACGCGUCCGGGAAGAGAAGAGGGAGCUACGCCAUCCACGCCAACAGCGUCCGUAAGAGAGGGAUGUCCAUCCUGAGGGAGGUGGACGAGCAGUACCACGCUCUGCUGGAGAAGUACGAGGAGCUGUUAGGGAAGUGCCGGCGCCACGAGGAGUCCAUGUGCCACGCGGGGGUGCAGACCUCGCGCCCCGUUUCCAGGGACCCCUCCAUGAAGGACUGUGCCAUGGGCCCCACCCCUGCACCCCCGCCCUCCCCCACCCAGUCCCCCUCCACCCCCGAGGCCAUGGAGAGCAUCAGUAAGCAGGUGGAGGCGGUGGAUAAACGGCUGGGCCAGAACACGCCAGAGUACAAAGCUCUGUUCAAGGAGAUCUUCUCUCGUAUUCAGAAGACCAAGAUGGACAUCAAAGCUACCAAAUCCCCCAAAGCCAGCAAGUUUGGCAAGUCCAGCAAAUAAAUGAUGAUACUGGAUUGGUUUGGUGGUGCAGUGCUUUUUCCAUGCUCAAAGCGCUUGAGAUUAGAGGAGGAACUUGCCUCAUACUCUACCGAUGUGUAGUACUCAUGAGUAGGCUUCUGUAUGGGGUCUGGUCUCCUUCUGCUUCACAAGAGGCUACUGAUGGAAGAACGGCUCAUAAUAAUGGCCGGAACGGCGCAAAUGGAAUGGCAUCAAACUACUGGAAACCAUGGAAACCAUGUGUUUGAUGUAUUUGUUACCAUUCCACUGAUUCCGCUCCAGUCAUUAGAACACGCCGGUUCUCCCCAACUAAGGAACCUCCUGUGGUCUGCUUCUUUUACUACACUGCUCAAAAAAAUAAAGGGAACACUAAAAUAACACAUCCUAGAUCUGAAUGAAUGAAAUAAUCUUAUUAAAUACUUUUUUCUUUACAUAGUUGAAUGUGCUGACAACAAAAUCACACAAAAAUUAUCAAUGGAAAUCAAAUGUAUCAACCCAUGGAGGUCUGGAUUUGGAGUCACCCUCAAAAUUAAAGUGGAAAACCACACUACAGGCUGAUCCAACUUUUAUGUAAUGUCCUUAAAACAAGUCAAAAUGAGGCUCAGUAGUGUGUGUGGCCUCCACGUGCCUGUAUGACCUCCCUACAACGCCUGGGCAUGCUCCUGAUGAGGUGGCGGAUGGUCUCCUGAGGGAUCUCCUCCCAGACCUGGACUAAAGCAUCCGCCAACUCCUGGACAGUCUGUGGUGCAACGUGGCGUUGGUGGAUGGAGCGAGACAUGAUGUCCCAGAUGUGCUCAAUUGGAUUCAGGUCUGGGGAACGGGCGGUCCAUAGCAUCAAUGCCUUCCUCUUGCAGGAACUGCUGACACACUCCAGCCACAUGAGGUCUAGCAUUGUCUUGCAUUAGGAGGAACCCAGGGCCAACCGCACCAGCAUAUGGUCUCACAAGGGGUCUGAGGAUCUCAUCUCGGUACCUAAUGGCAGUCAGGCUACCUCUGGCGAGCACAUGGAGGGCUGUGCGGCCCCCCAAAGAAAUGCCACCCCACACCAUGACUGACCCACCGCCAAACCGGUCAUGCUGGAGGAUGUUGCAGGCAGCAGAACGUUCUCCACGGCGUCUCCAGACUCUGUCACGUCUGUCACGUGCUCAGUGUGAACCUGCUUUCAUCUGUGAAGAGCACAGGUCGCCAGUGGCGAAUUUGCCAAUCUUGGUGUUCUCUGGCAAAUGCCAAACGGCCUGCACGGUGUUGGGCUGUAAGCACAACCCCCACCUGUGGACGUCGGGCCCUCAUACCACCCUCAUGGAGUCUGUUUCUGACCAUUUGAGCAGACACAUGCACAUUUGUGGCCUGCUGGAGGUCAUUUUGCAGGGCUCUGGCAGUGCUCCUCCUGCUCCUCCUUGCACAAAGGCGGAGGUAGCAUUCCUGCUGCUGGGUUGUUGCCCUCCUACGGCCUCCUCCACAUCUCCUGAUGUACUGGCCUGUCUCCUGGUAGCGCCUCCAUGCUCUGGACACUACGCUGACAGACACAGCAAAUCUUCUUGCCACAGCUCGCAUUGAUGUGCCAUCCUGGAUGAGCUGCACUACCUGAGCCACUUGUGUGGGUUGUAGACUCCGUCUCAUGCUACCACUAGAGUGAAAGCACCGCCAGCAUUCAAAAGUGACCAAAACAUCAGCCAGGAAGCAUAGGAACUGAGAAGUGGUCUGUGGUCACCACCUGCAAAACCAGUCCUUUAUUGGGGGUGUCUUGCUAAUUGCCUAUAAUUUCCACCUGUUGUCUAUUCCAUUUGCACAACAGCAUGUGAAAUGUAUUGUCAAUCAGUGUUUCUUCCUAAGUGGACAGUUUGAUUUCACAGAAGUGUGAUUGACUUGGAGUUACAUUGUGUUGUUUAAGUGUUCCCUUUAUUUUUUUGAGCAGUGUAGAUAACAAUUGAACAAUAUGCUACUUAAACCAAUCUACUACUAAUGCUAUAUGCUAUUAGCACCUGCCUACCUUUACCGGUGAUAUCUAACACAUUCUUUCAGCUGCCUUUUCCUACCGUUACACAGGUUACACAGGUAUGAUAACUGUCACCCACAACUUGUUGGACAUGGACAUCGAUUUAAUGGCCAGAAGGUGGAGAAAAAAAACAGGAAAAUAUGCGUACUUUCUUUAUGAAACACCAUUUUCCACCACCAUGCUAGAGUGGCUAAUGCAACUUCCUGAUGUUGCGCCCCGCGUCCAGCCAAGGGUAAACAUUUGAGGCAUUAGCCACUUUAGCAUGGUGCUAGUCCAUAACUCCAACCACCUUUCCUUAUUAUCAUGAAUGUUAUAGUGUACGUUGCAAUACUUUUACUUAUGUAUGUGAAAUACUCACAUUGUAAUGCCAUACCACAUGGGAAAACCUGCAGUAUACAGGAAAUAUAGUUUUAUUAUUACGUGUUUUACCUUUCCAUUAUUUCUCUAUGUUCUGUGCAGGCUUUUGUCCCAGCCCAGCAUUCAGGUAUACUGCUGGGCUGGGACAAAAAGCCUGCACAGCCUGAAGCUCUUCAGUGCAAGGAGAUAAUGACACUGUGUGAUAGCAAUGGUAAAAUAAAAUGUUCUAUAUUCUAAUAAGAGACAACAAAAUGAAGCAGUUUACAUGUCCACCCUUCCCAAUGGGGACUCACUCAGUAGUGGACAUCCAUCCUUCAGUAUUCCAAAAUGGAACAUUCUGACUCUGUCCUUUGAAGGCUCCUUGGCUUUCUCUGCACUGUAAUGUUUUACUGAUUGCACUUAAAAAAAAAAAAAAAGUCUGCCGCCUCAUUUCUUAUUAUUGCUUGUGUAUUUAUUCCAUUAUUGUGUGUGUCUGUGAGCAUUCAUUCAUAAUAACAGCACUUAUCUGCCAUGGUGCCUAUAUGUGAUUGUAUUAAUGAUUGAUAGGCUAUAUCUUUAGAAUGAAAAUCAAGUCAUAUUUGGUUUUUCUUUAUCUACUCGACCUUUAUAUCAUUCAGAUGAAUGAGCAUAUUAGUUCGCCUUCGGCACCACAGGUUUUGUCAUUGUAGUAAGCCACAGUAGCUCUCUCUCUCAUUGAACUAAAAGUCAUUAUUGUUGUAGCACUCUGUAUCAUUGACUAACUUGUCUGCUCUGUGCAAUUAAAGCAUUGGAAUGAAAAUAUGUCUCUUUGGGGAUUUUGUGAUAUUACUCUGAAAAUGUAUAUUGAUGGUUAAUUAAUUGAUUAAUUGGCUGGUGGAGCCACACACAGGGUCAAGUUUGUCCGAUUUUCAUUCACCCGCCCCGACGAUCCCCGAGCCUUCCACCAAGAGGCGCUAUUGACCAGGCCAACGGCAUAUAA